AUGCGCAAGCAAGAAAGCGCAUCUUCGGCUUUUACAAUAUGCAUCAUAUCCACCUGUCCCUGUAGAAAGACCUUAAGAUGGUGUCGGCCGGGAGCGGUGAAACCUCAAGCGAAGGCCUCUGAUACAGCAAGAGAUAUCAGCAACCGCUAUCACGAUAUUCUAAGCUCCCCAACGCUCCGGGGACUGGAGUCGGUCCGGAAGAUCGUCAGUGAAGCUAUUGUGCUUGAAGAUAUCGUGAGAAAUCACGUUGAAGAUCGCCAAGGGCGUAUCGAGAAGAGAUAUCACCAAAGAAAGCGCGACAAGGGAGCAAAACCGGUAGGAGAAUAUAUUCACAAUGUGAGCUUAGAAGAGCUUCGAGAACAGCAUACUGAGGAUUGGCUCAAACACACCGGAAAGGAUGUUGAAUAUGCCUCAUAUGACGCCUCACGAGCUGAGAUACGUUCUCAACUGAAUAAGAAGGAGGAUUUCUUUACGAUCGAUACCCAGCUUGCCCCGGAAGCCCGUGAGGCUAUUCGCAAAACACGCUUUGCAGAUAAGCCCCUCUCGUCAGCAGAUUUAUCACGCCUUCUCUGCAGCGAUGAUACCGUCGAUUUUACGCUCACACAACCGCCGGCUGAUGAGGAUGAGGAUGAAGAUAUCUAUCUGAUGAAGAUGAUCUCGAGAUGCCCUCAUCGCCGCCCUGCCUACCCGACCGCGAGUCCCCCAUUCUAA